CGUGUCCAACAGCAAAAUUGUUUAGUUUGUGGUGCACCUUUGAAAAUGAAGUUUAGAAAAGUGAUAUUGGCCUCCGUGCUGCUGCUGGCCAUGGCCAAUAUAGCAGUAGCGCUAACAUUCGAUGAAGAGCGUUUGAGGCUUAAGCAAUUUGUCACAUCUGAAGAACGCAUUCGUUCCCAUGGCUAUCCGGCAGAAUCGCAUACCGUCGAAACCAGUGAUGGCUAUCUCUUAACACUAUUCCGCAUACCUUACUCCCCCAAAUUGAAUAAUCAGCGUGCGAAACGUCCAGCUUUUCUCUUGCAACACGGUUUAUUCAGCAACUCAGAUUGUUGGCUAAGCAGCGGUCCGGAGAACUCAUUGGCCUACCUGCUGGCCGAUGCCGGCUUCGACGUUUGGUUGGGCAAUGCCCGUGGUAAUAUCUACUCGCGCGCAAAUGCGAAAAUAACCUUGAAUAGUCCGAAAUUUUGGAAGUUCAGCUGGCAUGAGAUCGGCACCAUUGAUAUUGCUGCUAUGAUUGAUUAUAUACGCGAUUUGACCGGUGAGCAAGCCGUACAUUAUGCGGGCCACUCGCAGGGCACCACGGUGUAUUUGGCGCUCAUGUCUACCAGAAAAGAGUACAAUGCUAAGAUUAAAACGGCACAUCUAUUGGCGCCAUGUGCAUUCUUUGAGCAUGGCAGACAUGCCGUUUUCCAACUCGGCGCAUUGGUCGGCACACCUGGUGGGGUUUGGAACCGCCUUCUCGAGGAUAUGGAGUUGAUGCCUAAAAACGCUAUAGUAAAUCGCAUUGCAGACACACUCUGCGCGGAGCAACCCGAUUUGGGCGCACAGUGUAAGAAAGUCGUGCUUUGGUAUGCCGGGGACGGUUACCGCAACACAAAUCUGACUUCCUUGCAAGUGCUCAUUGAAACCCAUCCGGGCGGUUCGUCCAGCAAUCAGGGCAUACAUUAUCUUCAGCUCUCUAAGUCACAUAAAUUCCGUCAAUUCGAUUAUGGCACCAAGAAGAACCAAGAGAUUUACAAUCAAGAUACGCCUCCAGACUAUGAACUGAAUAAGAUUACUGCUCGCACUUACUCAUACUCAAGCGCCAACGAUGCGCUGUGCGGUCCACGCGAUGUCGACACUUUGGUGGCAAAUAUGCCGUAUCUAGUUGAGGACUAUCGCGUACCCGAUCCAAGCUGGAAUCACAUGGACUUCAUUGUUGCCAACCAAAUGCGUGAGGUUAUCAACGACCGUGUUGUAGGCGCCGCUAAGGCUUAUGAGAGAAUUUUUUGCAGAACAAUAGGAGUUUGGCAAACUAUGUUCCGUUUAGCGGUUGCUUUAAUUGUGCUGCCCGCGCUGAGCAAAGCUUUGGACCUGACGUCUAUUAAACCCAGUAUUGACUUGCCACUAAAACCCUUAAAAACAUCAGCUGAACGUAUACGCGAGCACGGUUACCCCGCUGAGUCCCAUUUUGUGGAGACCAGUGAUGGUUAUAUUCUCAACCUCUUUCGUAUUCCCUCGCCACGUUUGGACAAUGAGCAGGAGCAUAAGCCAGUAGUUUUCAUACAACAUGGUCUCUUCAGUUGUUCCGAUUGUUUUUUACUAAAUGGUCCGGAGAACGCGAUCGCGUAUAAUUUCGUUGAUGCUGGUUUUGAUGUUUGGUUGGGCAAUGCGCGUGGUAAUAUUUAUUCCAGGAAUCACUCAACUUUAUCGCCUGAAAACACGAAGUUUUGGAAGUUCAGUUGGCAUGAGAUCGGCACCAUUGAUAUGCCCGAAUCGAUUGACUAUGUGCUCGAGCGGACAGGUGAAACAGCAUUACAUUAUGUUGGGCAUUCACAGGGCGGUACAGUUUAUUUUGUGAUGCUUUCUUCUCGUCCGGAGUAUAAUGAAAAGAUAAAAACUGGACAUGGUUUGGCGCCCGCUGUAUUUAUGGGUAAUGUAACCGACGGCAUUGUUGCGGCGCUCGCACCGUAUGUCGGCUCACCUGGUGUGGGCGCUAAUUUGCUCUGCGAUCAACCGUUUAUACCGUACAACCCGCAUGUGCAGCGCUUUCUGGAUACGGCCUGUGGCGGUGCACCAGCAUAUCCAAAAUAUUGUAAAACACUAUAUCUAAUGUGGGCCGGCGAUGAACAGUCCAACCUUAAUGCGACAUUACUGCCUCAACUGGCCGAAACACAUCCUGCUGGCAUCUCGACUAAUCAAGGCAUACACUACAUACAACUUAAAGUGUCGAACAAAUUCCGUCAAUACGAUUUUGGUUCGAAGAAUAAUAAAAUAGCAUAUAAUCAGGAAGAACCGCCAGAGUAUCCGUUAGAGAAGAUCACAGCCGAUACAUUUCUCUAUUACGGUUUAAAUGACGGUUCGGCUACAGCGCAAGAUAUGAAACGUUUGCCACCCUACCUACCAAAUUUGCGUCUGUUCUAUGAAGUGCCGAAUCCAACAUGGGGACAUUUGGAUUUCAUUUUCGCCAAGCAGGUUAAGCAGGAAAUCAACGAUCCUGUAAUACAGUAUUGUAAAGAUUAUGAGGAACGAUAUUAGAACAACCAAUAA